AAAUUUCCAAAUUUAAUAACAUUAGAAAUAUCCGAUUGUCAAUUAAAUGAUAUUGAAGAUUUUGCAUUAAAUGGUUUAAAAUAUUUAAAAUAUUUAAAUUUAGCACGUAAUAAUUUAACUGGUUUAAAAUCAUGGUCAGUAAUUGAUUUAACAUCAUUAAUAUCAUUAGAUAUAAGACGUAAUCAAAUAUAUGAAAUAAAUUCAAAAAAUUUUCAACGUUAUCCAAAUUUACAAAAAUUAAAUUUUGCUGUUAAUUAUAUAAAACAAAUACCAGCUGAAACAUUUCGUCCACUUAUGAAUCAUUUAAAAUAUUUAAAUAUUGGUAAAAAUUUAUUAAAACGUAUAACAAUACAAACAUUUCAUGGUUUAAUUAAAUUAAGUAAUUUAGCAUUACAUUAUAAUCAAAUUGAGCAUAUUGAUGAAAUGGCAUUCGAAACGAAUACCCAUUUAAAAACAUUACGUUUAGAGGGUAAUCGUAUAACAACAUUAAAUUUUAUGCAUAUAUUAAGUUUAGCUAGAUUAGUACAUUUUAAUAUUAGUUAUAAUAAUGUUGAAAGUUUAGAACAAUUUUCAUUUGCUAAAGAUUUUGAAUUAAAAGAUUUAGAUAUUAGUUAUAAUAAAAUAACUGAAUUAAAUGAAAAUACAUUAAGUGGAUUACAUUCAUUGGAGAUGUUGAAUGCGAGUCACAAUCAAAUUAUCGAAAUCAAUUCAAAAAGUUUUAAUGAAUUGACAAGCUUAACACAUUUGGAUUUUUCAUCAAAUUUUUUAGAUAAUUUAGAUGAAACUUCAUUUAAUUAUACAUUACAAUUAGAAUAUUUGAAUGUAUCAGGAAAUAAUUUAGAUGAAUUUAAUAUAACAAUAUUUAAUAAUUUGAAAAAUUUAAAAAUUUUAGAUUUAUCAUUAAAUAAUUUUUAUCAAGAUAAUUUUCUUACUAAUAUACAAUCAAAUUUAGAAUAUUUAGAUUUAAGUGGUAAUGAAUAUAAAACAUUAAAUAUGUCAGUAUUAUAUAAUAUAAAUUAUGUUAAUUUGGAAUCGAAUCCAUGGAAUUGUGAAUGGUUAUUAAAUGAAUAUAUUCGUGCACCGGCUACAGUAUAUUUUGGUGCUAAUUAUAGUAUUGAUGCUGGUGGUAGUUUAAAAUUAGAUAUGCCUGGUAUUGAAUGCUUUAAUGGAAAAUUAUGGAAAAGUCUUGUUGUUGUUAAUAAAAUACAAAUUAUUGAUAAUUAUCUUGGAUCUAAUAAUAAUGUACCAGUUCAAAGGACAAUUGUUUAUAAAUUUCGUUUAGAUCGUUUCGAUCAAAAAAGUGUUAUAAUAUGGUUAAUAUUAUUUGUUUUUGUUAUAUUUACGGCAAUACGUAUAAUGAGAAAAAUUUUAGAGAAAUCAGAAAGAAAAAAAGCAGCUUUAAAACAAGAAAAAAUGGCAAAAAAAAAUGAUUAUGAAGAAUUACCACAGCAUCCAAAUGUACAACAACAAGAACAAUCACCUCCAGUACAAAAUCAACAAUCAACACAUAAUGGUAAUGUUUGUCAAUCGGAGCCUUGUAUUCCGAAUUGUGCAUAUAAUGCAAAUAAUUCACGAAAAUAAAUUCAAUUUUUAAUAUUAUAAUGAUCUAAUGAUAUUGUUGUGUUAAUUUAUGAUUUUUGUAAUAAAAAAUAAUUUU